CUUUCAGUGCGCUUGGAAUUUAAAAGGAAACACAAGCAAUUGGCUUGUUGUAACAAAACCAUUCAACCUUGUUGAACUUUUUGAUUCGUUGGCAACGUCGAAAUGAAUUCUAUGCGAAUAUUUUUAACCUAAAAUAACUAACUUUAGGUUACAUUAUAAAUAAGUGAAUAAAAUUAAGUUGCAAAGAUGAGCAGAUUAAAAGAUAUUUGCAGAUUUUGCUUGAGGGAAAAUGAUUAUUAUAGCACCCGUAAAAUAAAAUUAUCCCAUAUAAUGAAAUCACUAAAUAAGUAUUUUUUUUCCCCAAACAUGAAAGCAAAAUUACUCAGGGAUCAAAUUUUAUGUGACACAUGCAUUGCAAAUUUGAAAACCAGCAAAUGUCUUGCCAUACUAGCCAACAGAGCAAAUGGCUUAAUUUUUUUCGAGUUAAAAAAAAGGAAAGGACCAACCAUAAAUUUAAAACUACUAAAGAGGUAUGAGAGUCUACAGGGAAACUUUCUAGUAUGUAGACUGUGUUUGGAGCCAACCACUUCAGUUGCUUUAUAUUUAUAUGAUAGCCCGAAAAAUAUUCUUCCUGUGGAAUACAUCGUUAGUAUGUUAAGAGGAUGCAAAAUAUAUAUUGCUUGUGACAAAGUCGUAAACCCUGUUCUAUGUCAUAAAUGUUGGGAAAAUCUUCAAAUAACAUAUAAUUUUCGAAGACAAUUGCUGGAAGUAAACGAAAAAGUCAGUUUGUAUUGCAAAAGUUUUUCGAGGAAAACCAUAACACAGGAAGAUUUACAGACCAUGUGUGUUCUUUUUAGCAAAUAUGAUAAUGGAUCAGAUUUGAAGCAAAUGUUGAAAUUAGAAGCUAUAAAAACAUCCAAGGUAAAAAUGAUUAGGGGAAGCGUACCUGUGCUAGACAAGGAAAUAAUUUCAAUUGGAAGCAGUUCUAAACAUCCAAAUUACUGUGCCAGAACAUUUGACACACCACCUAUUUUAGAAGAGAUAGUACCAAUUGAGAAUAUGCGAAAAUAUAAGUCUGCAAAAAGAAGCAAAACGAAAGUUAUUAGAGACGAACUACCCAUCCUAGAACAAAUUAUAGAUCCGGUUAGUUUGAGUGGUGCGAAACAAAAAAAGAAUACGAAAACUUUUAGAGAGAAGCCUCCUGUUUUAGAAGAGACUGGUUCAAAUCCAAUUUCUGAUAUUAAAAAGCCUAGGCAAAAGCAGGUUUCACUGGAAGCUUGCCCUAAUGGGCAACAAACUGUUGAACAGCUACUUGCAUCUUUCAGCAAUUAUCGACUUAGUAGUCAUGGACAAGAAGAAACUGAACAUAUACAAAUUAAAGCAGAAAUUCUUAGUGAUCGCGAUCUGGAAAUUCGAGAAUAUUCCACUGAAAACUUUGACGAAUGCCCUAAUUUGGAGUCCUUUGUCAAAAACGAACCAGAAGAACUCGAUCUAUAUGAUAUUCAAAUGAUAGAAGAGAUUGAUGACGGUCCUCCAGAGCUCGAACUCCAAAUUGCAACUAAUGAGAUCAACACAAGCAAUGCUUGCAAUGAUGUGCAAGGAAUCCCAUCAAUAGAUGCAGAAUUAAGUUUGUUAAAGAAUUGCUCGUUGGAUAUGAACAAACAACUGAUCGUAAACAUGUCAAAUUGUGAUGCAGAAAUUAAAAGUAAACUAAAGAGAAAGCUAAAGACGGGAAAAGCGAAAAUAGGAAAGAAAUACAGGUGUCUCUACUGUGACUUUCAAACUAAAAUGCAGCUAGGUAUACACCUUCAUGAGGCAAGACACCUCAAUAAUACAAUUACAAUGCACUACUGCGACAAAUGCAGUUAUAAAUGCAGCAGCUACUUAGAGAUCAAGAAGCAUGUUAAAAGGAGUCAUCCUACAGUUAACUCUGGUUCGUGUGCAAGGUGUCGAAGAAGAUUGAUUACCAGCGUAAGAUGUGCUAAGUGUAAAAACCGUUUUCAUGUUGGUUGCAUUACGGUAAAGUCACUUUGCAAUCACGUGGCAGAAUCGGGAAGUUCGAAACCAUGAAAGACAUUGGGAAAAAAAUGGGAAGUCGAAAACCCAAAGACUUUACAGGAAUCAAUUUGGUAUUCGAGGAAAUUAAA